AUCGGGGGAGGAGCGUAAAGCCGGCGGUAGAUCCGCGGUGGCAGAUUCGCCGUGUGGCGAAUCGGCGGGCGGGGCGGGUUCGGUGGGCCGGAUCCCUUCUUUCUUUUCCUCCUUCCCUCAGCGUGGCGGGAGCGGUGGAUGCGGUGGGGUUGCGAAUAGGUGAGCAGUAGAAUAUGGCUGGCCAAAUCUCAGAAUCUGAUCAGAUCAAGCAGUUCAAAGAGUUUCUUGGAACAUACAACAAAAUUACAGAAAACUGCUUCAUGGACUGCAUAAAGGAUUUCACUAGCAGAGAUGUUAAACCAGAAGAGAUGACUUGCUCAGACCACUGCCUACAGAAGUAUCUGAAGAUGACCCAGAGGAUCUCCAUGAGAUUUCAGGAAUAUCAUAUUCAGCAGAAUGAAGCCCUGGCAGCUAAAGCAGGACUGCUCAGCCAACCUCGUUAGCCAAGACCACUCUCUCUUCAGGCUUCACAAGCAAUGCCAGUGUCCACUGGGCCAGAACACAUCGUGGAUUUUCUACUGUCAGGAUGCUCAGCAACUCAGGAGAGAGUUCUGGCUGCUGUUCAGACAGUGGGAACCAUGAAGGGUUAAUCAAGAAGGUAGUCAUGGCAACAGAGUCUGCUUCUGAGGUCCUUUUCACUCUGUGAUGGAGGAAUAUUGAUAAAAACUUUUCCAGGGCCCACAAACUGGUAUGGCUAAAUUUCAAGGGUGGUGGGAGGGUUACACUUCCUUUCUGCUAGGACUGAAUCAGAUAAAAAAAAAAAGUGUAAUAUGGGAAAUACACUUUUUUAUUUAAUUCCAGUAAAAUAAAUGUGAACUGUA